AUGGAGGCAGGAGGCACAGCCAGGCCGGCAGCAGUGAGAGCCCACGGGGCAGGCCGCGGCGGGCUGCUCUCCCGGGAAGGGGCCGGCCCGGUGGUCCGCGUCCCGGGCUCGGGGGCCGUGAGGCGCUGGGGAGCGAGGUCAGGAGGCUUUCUGCCCGGAGCUCGUGUGGCAGCGAGGAGACCCAGGGCUCAGAAGGAGCGCGCUCUGCCCUCUCGUGGGGCUGCCGGGGCCCUGGUGCGGGGGGCGUGGGGGGGCGCAGGGACUUCCCGCAGACUCAGCAGCGGAGCUGGAGGGCAGGGGAAGGGUCCGCGGAGGACAGUGGACUCGAGGGGCAGCGGCAGCCUUUUUGAGGCCCUGCGUGAAGACGGUCACGACAGAUGCACGGUGGAAGGCGGACGACUCAGGAAGGCUCGGCUGGGGGACAGCAGGCAGGGGAUGCUCGGGCGGGUUCUGAUGGGCAGAGAGCGGUUCACGGCCUGUCUGCCCUGCAGCGCCGCCUCCCCCGCCCCGCACGACCCUGCUCUGAGAGCCGCCGACACUGAACGCCCGAUUCCGAGCAUCGCUGCUCCUCCCAGGCCAGCCGUGAGGGGGGCCCUGGUGAUGAGUAGAUGGGGGUGGAUAGCAGCAGAAGAGGAAGUGACCGAGGAUGAGGAGAACAGCUGCUUGGGCGUGAGGAGGAGGCCGUCCACGGGAGAGGUGGACAGUGGAGUUGGGGAGUGA